GAUCCAACACGCUCCCUCGACCUCGACCUCAACGAUGAACUCUCUCCUAGGCCCCCUUGGCCGUUCAGCUGCUCUCCGUCGCGCCCCUCUUGCCUUGCGUCGUCCCUCUCCACCAUUAUCCUCACUAACAUUGAGCACACGACCUACACAAAAGCGCCCAAUACCACUUGCUGCGGUCCACGCGCGCUUCGUAGCAAGCUCAGUAUCAGGCCGUCCAGGUAGUCAGACCAUUGGACAUGCUAAACAGAAUGUCAAAGAAGAAGUCGGCAAUUCUGCAGCUGAUUGGGCACGUUCCAUCGCUGGUGGUAUAUUUGCCCUAGACAGCGUGAAACCUUCAAAGGAGUCUUUUUAUGCAAUCACAAGUGCUGUUGCAACUUCCGUGCCCGCUCCAUACCUCGUGAUGGGUCUCGCAGGUGGUUUACCAUACGUGGCUUCUGCGGGUACCACCGUUUAUCUUGCUCACCAAGCUGGCCUGGCGGCUAUGGGCACGGUCACUAACAUGGACCCCGGUGUUGCUCUCACUAUCCUUGACCAAGCCUUGACAUUCCAAGUUACGUAUGGUGCCGUCAUGCUCUCAUUCCUUGGUGCAUUACACUGGGGGAUGGAAUUUGCAGGACAGGGUGGUCACAAAGGCUACCCACGUCUCUUGCUCGGUGUGACUCCCGCUGUCGUAGCAUGGUCUACGAUCGCUUUACAGCCCACAUCAGCUCUUAUAUGCCAGUGGAUUGGUUUCACUGCGCUGUGGUACGUGGACAACAGAGCGACAAGCGCAGGUUGGACACCAAAGUGGUAUUCUCAGUAUAGAUUCUAUCUUUCCAUCCUGGUUGGGACAUGCAUUAUCGGUUCUCUCGCAGGAACUUCAUACUGGGGACCUGUGGCGGGCCAUGGCCUCCUAUCACACGAUCUUGAGAGAAUUCGCUCCAUCCGGAAAGAGUCGCAGCCUGAGCGAGCAGGCUUUAUUGGUGGAGACAUUGAAGCCGUUGCGGGUGAUGAAAAGUCAGACUCAUACGUUGUAAUCAGGAAGAAAGAGAAGAAGCAGGAGGAGGGUGAGAGUCGGGAACAGUAAAUGAAUGGAUGACAACCUUAAUAUCCAAAAUAUGGCUGUAGGAUAGUCGACGACGGACAUUUGCAUUGAUUGCGUAGUUGUAAGCUGUUGUACGAGUACUUAUUUGUUACCUACUGUAUCGUGUAUUGCACAAACCAAUUGUAUAAUUAUCAAACGAU